AGCCAGGAGGAGAACGCGGGGCAAAACGGAAGCAGUUUCGUGUCGCCGGUCGGUUCAUCACAAAGGAAAUCGUCGACCGAGGGGGAGGGGAAUUGCUGUGUCGCUGUGUUGCCCAACCCAUCGCCAUCAACCUUCAUUCAUCUUUCUCUUUCUUGCUCGUAGACUCGCUCUUGACACAGCUCAACCCACUCGGAGCGACAUACAUCACAUUGAUAGCUUGAUAGCACAUAGCAUACUGGUACCAUCCUACAUUUCUACUCGACUUUCAGCUCAGUCCACAACGACAACAACGCUCUUUUGAUCAAUCCCUACGAAACCUCGCGACGACUUCUGCAUUUCAACCUCGUCUAGACCUUCACUCAGUACUACCACCACUACAAAGCCUCGCACACCACGACUCAUUACGAUAACACCACUAUCACAAUGUUCAGCCGCAUCAUCACUCUUCUCGCUGUCGCCGCCUCGGUCGUCUCUGCCGAGAUGAUCCCCACCUCGCCUGAUGGGGCUACCGUCGCCAAGAUUGGCGAUCAGUUGACUACCUUGUGGACCAAGGAUACCAGCGGAGAGUGGAACAAUGUUACCAUCCAGCUCAUGAGCGGAGACAACUUCCAGAUGAUCCCUGUCACAACCCUGGAGACCGGGAUCGACGCCACGACCCUCUCGGAGUAUCAGUUCACCGUUCCCGACGUGUCGCCCACUUCCAAGAUUUAUUUCUUGCAAUUCACCCCCAACACUGGGAACGCCACUCAAGUCACCUGGACCACCCGAUUUACCAUCGCUGCUGCCGAUGGUUCGACCACUCCGCCCGCUCAGCAGACUCAACCUGAUGGUCAAGCUAUCCCUUGGGGAGUCGGUGAAUUGGCUGGAGGACCUGUCGGCGCCGUCGGCGGAGCUGCUAGCGAAUCCGGUGUCAACUCGAUGUCGGCCACUCAGACUGGUGCCUCGAUGGCCGUCUCCUCGGCCGCCUCUUCUGCUUCUUCCUCUGCCGCCGCAGUCGUCAGCUCUGCUAGCUCGUCGGCCAGCGAGGCCGUCGAUUCUGCUCAGAGCGAGAUGAUGCCUACCAGUACCAGGAUGUCGACCACCGCGGCUCGAGCUACCACCAACACUGCUCAGAACGCUUCGGCCACUCCCUCUACGAGCGCACCUGCCAACGCCGCUGGACGAGUUCAGGUUGCCGGGAUGGGAGUCGUCGGAUUGGUAGCUGGACUGGUCGCCCUUGCGUUCUAGAUGAACCGGGGCUGAGGACGGACACUGCUCUUGAUUUUCUAUUACUAUUAGCUGUGUUCUUUGUGCAUAUUUGUCUUGGCGCAUAGCUUUGAGCGCAAGCUCGACAGUUCCAACAUGAUGUUUCACGAUUUUCUAAUGUGUAGCUAUACCUAGGUUGGCGAUACGAACGUGCAUGCGCAGUUUACAUCUGCAUCUUUCCUCUCGAUAACACUCG